CCCUCCACCAUAGCAGAGAGUGGUGAUAUCCAGAGCACCCAGGCUGAGAGCCAUACACACACAGGAAGCCCAGACCUGUCCACUGAGCACAGCACAACCAUGGGAGUGGAGAUAGAGACCAUCACCCAAGGAGACGCAAGAACUUUCCCCAAGAAGGGUCAGACAUGUGUUGUCCACUACACAGGUAUGCUGCAAAACGGAAAGAAGUUUGAUUCAUCCAGAGACAGAAACAAGCCCUUCAAAUUUCGAUUAGGGCGGUCAGAAGUGAUUAAAGGAUGGGACGAUGGCAUUGCACAGAUGAGUUUGGGUCAACGAGCCAAAUUGACCUGUUCACCAGAUGUUGCAUACGGACCCACUGGACAUCCAGGAGUCAUCCCUCCCAAUGCUACCUUGGUUUUUGAUGUGGAGCUUUUAAAAAUUGAGUGAGCGUAUACAAGGGCAGGCUGAAAAAAAGAUCUCCAAAACCAUUAUCCACCUCUUCCUUUACCUGACCACCUCCACCACCAUCAUCCUCACUGCUGGAGAAGUCGACAAGAUCGAAUAGGGCCACUUCAGCAGAAAGGGGCCACACAAGUCUUCACAUUAUACUACCAUGACAUUGUCAAAGCAGACUGCAUUGGCUUACAUUGCAGUCUCCUCUGGCAUUAUUAUGACAGGACUACGGAAUUUAUGGUCUUCAAACGUAGGUUGAGUUUAGCAUUGAAUCCAGGCAGGCUCUUACCAUGUUCCUUGAGAUAUGAAGAACUCAUUGAUCUCCCAUAGCAUCUUUUUCAUCUAGAUCGGUGAUGCUGGUUCAUGCUCAAGAUAUAUACGAGGACCUUCCAAAUCACAUACAUUCCAUACAUAGUUUCUGUACACAAAUUUUCACUGUUGAGAAAGUGUCCGUAGGUUUGUGAUAUAUCGGUGGUGUCAUUCAUUGGCUGUUUAUAGGCUGGAAUUCAUCUGCCAUGUGCUUUCAUCACAAAAAUGUAUAAAAUAUGAAUGUAUCUAGUGUGUGGCCGGUUUGAAGCCAGAACGGAAAACCACUUGCUGCUGAUCCUUAAAGUCGUCCUAUUCUUGGCAGCUAAAAGAGGCAGUCCCCAAAAUCGAAGAUCAAACUGCAUUCAACCAGUGUAGUCAAGUGCAAAGGUCUUCAAAAAUAAUUUUAUUUUAGUUUUAAUUUUAGUGAGCCCAGUUUGGCAUAUAGUAUUACAUUUUUUUGUAUUUUAUUUUCUGUACACAGUUGGCUAAUUUUACUCAAAAUGGUCUUUCAAAAUAUUUAAAUCAUGCAUGUAGUUUUUUUAAUUUAUUUUUUUAUUAAUAAUUUUACUAUACUGUAUGGAAGACUAAAAAAAAUGACAAAAAUUUGCCAAAGGGACUGCCUCUUUAAAGGACCUUAAGGAAAACCUACCUAUAUUACCUUAUUUUUCUCUUUUUUUUUUUAUGCAUUCAUCAAAGUAUCUUCCCAGAUCUUGGCCUCAGCCCAGAAAAAAAAAAUGUAAGGAAAUAAAAGAAGUACACAAAAAAAACAACAAUCUGCUCCACAAGAUAGGGGGCGCUCAUUGCUGUUAUUGUCAUUUUAUUUUCUUAAGUGGUGUCUGUGUUUUUUUGUCUUGAAGCUUAAAAACGUUGUUGAUUUCUAAGAAGAAGACAAGCAAAGGGGAAAGAAAAAAAGAUUACAACCACAAACACGUCUGCUAUUUUUGGCUCUAACACUCUCUAAGUUGUACAUUUUGUUAAGCAUUUCCUUCCAGUUCGGUCAGUGGUUUUUGGAAAUUGGGUGUUAAUGGAAGUGGCCAUUUUGUGUGGUGAACCAAUCAUGAGAACUUAAGCUAAGGAAGAGCUCCUCUUAACUUGUAAAUCUAAGUCUAAAUUCCGCCUCAUUCUGUUCUGUUAAAGGGGUUGUACAAGAAAGCACAAAAAGGGAGUCACACUCCAUAAUAGGCUUUGUAUGGUAUUGGAGAUCAGGCUUCUCCAAAGGAAUGAGGCUAAGCAGUAAUACCUGUCAUGGUCCAUGGACAAGAGUGAGUCUCUUUUUUUUUUCAAAUUUACCCCCGCUUUAAAUUGGCUAUUGACAAGAAUUUUUGUUCCAUUGGUUGGGAAAAUUCUUUAGAGAGAUCCCAUGAAGGCUCAUUUUUGCGUCAGUGUGUCUACAGCCAAUUGGCGUGACUAUUUUUGGUCUCUACUUAACAACCCAAGCCUUUCCAUGUGCUAGAACUUAUACCGCUACUUCAUUUCUCAGGGUUCAGUGAUUAGAAAACUGAUGCUCAAUUGGCUCAACAAUCAAAAUGGCUUCCUCCAAAGUUGCGUGGAAUUUUUUUUCUGAUUUGUAAAGCUCCGAUGGGAUGUCUGGAAGCAAGAACCUUUGAUUUGCAUAUGGCAUAAUUCACACUACAAAAAAAUAGAGAAAUAGUUAUAUACAAGAUGAAGCCCACUGCCUUACAGUACACUUAGGAAAGGAGGUGCUCGGGGAAGUUCUCAGUACAUUGUGCACACAACUGGGCAUUAGCUAACAGUUAUCUGCUGUAUUACACCGACUCAGUCCUGUAAGUCUCGCUUGCUGCUGAUCGAAACAGAGCCUCUCCUUUAACUACGUAUAUACAGAUCUAUAUAUAUAUUACAAAGAAGAAUAAAUUUUAAGAAAGUCA